AUGGAACAGCCACAGCUUUUCCAAGCUGAUGUAUUGGAUGUUCUCCGAGAUGGUAGUCAGGAGUUUCCCCACGGUCUUACAGUAUUCACUGUGCCCGGCGAAGGCUUCGAAAACAUUGCAGAGAACAAAGUACGUGCGUUCAUCAUUACGCCGUAUAGAGAUUUUGCUAUCAACCCGGCCAGCGACGACAUCAACUAUCCAUACGAAGUAAACAAGAUCAAAAAUCUGUUAGACAACAUCCUUGGACGGAAUGACGCACUGAUCAUACCCUACUCUCCGGCUGAGGAAAAUAAUCGGGAUGAGACGUCCCCGAAAGGCAAGAUCUACAUUCAAUAUGACCCCGUGACAGCCGCUCUCAUACCAGCAGAAGGCGGUUGCAAUCAGCAGCAAGUUGCGGCGAUAGAGCUUUGGUUUGAGGAUGCUCCGACCUACCGUUACAGAGACACAUGGCAGCCAUUCCCAGAUCAGGUUGUGCAGGCAAAGAAACGGUCCGUCGCAUCCAGUGGUAAAGACCUGCGCUUUCUCAGAGGAAGAGAGGUGACGGAUGCGGACGAAGCAGAGUGGAAAGAGUACGAGGCUUUGAUGAAACGUCAAGAUGGCGAUACUUGUGCUCGACCUAGCAACAGCUUCUUCGACCGUACCUACUCCGUCCACUUUCCAGACAACGGUCAGGCCGUCAUUGAGCGACUCAACCAGCGAAAGUUCAAGCCCACCGCCCUCGUCGAUAGCCACAUCAUCACCAACUUCAAAGUCUUAUUUGACGUCGGAGACUCCGUUUCUUACUUGGAAACCGGCCCAGCCCAGCACGAUGAAAUCACCUUCAGCAGCGCCCAAGCCGUCGUCUACAUCGCAAUCUCCGCCGCCACCUCAAACCGAGCCUCCGACGAAGGCAUUAUCGAAGGCAAUGGCGAAGACUACAACAACUGGACCUUCUUCGAGAUCAAACCCAACGCUCAAGCCGAUGGCUGCAGCGUGCCCGUCCUCAACGAUGUCUCGCGGCAAUGGUCCGAUGCCUCAGCCCUGUCGAACCCGCCGUGGCCGCACGGCACUUUCACCAUGCCACUGUUUGGAGAAGAGGACUGUGAAUACCUGAGUGAUGGGACUAACCCGGGUGUGCUUCAUUGUCCUAGUAUGGGUAAUGGAAAGACAGUCGGGUGUAAAGAGGCUGAUGAAAAGGACGAUGCUGAUGGUGUUACGGAUUGUAAUUAUCCGGGUCUUGAGAGGAAGGUCCAUGUUGUUGUUUAUUGUGAGUGGUAA